UUCAUAGCGAACGGACGUGCAAUUGAGUGUCUAAAGUGAAAAAUCCGUGGAAAUUCGUGAAAAACACCCUCGCAGCUGCCCACAACGAGCCUCCCGGGACCGUAACACACCGAAUUUCCUCGAAUCCACAAAGAUCGCGAGCCAGAGCCCCGUUUUUCGCGUGAUGAUUUUGAAAAACCCCUUUCGAAAUCACUCCCACACUUGAGAAAACUUCCACUAAAAAUAAUGGUCACAACACGAAGACUCUACAAAGUGCGUAAAAAGAGCCCUUUUACUACACCGAGAGAUUACUAAAAGUGAGAUUCAACACAAAAAAAUUAAAAUAUAAAUUUAUAAUGAGAGUGAAUUAUUCAACAAUUUAAAAAAAAAACAAAAAAACAAAUGAAUGCAAAGGAAAUUCUAAAAAUAUUGCACAGGAACUACAAAAAUACAUUCGAAUGUUGUCGCAUGUAACACAACAAAGUAUUUUAACAUAGAAGCAGAUAAGCGAAAAGUUGAUAAAAAAAAUUAGUAAAGGCAGUCUAAAAAUAAUAAACUUGAUUAAAUAUUAAAAAACGAGAUUGUCACAACUUUUUUUUUCCUUCGAAUCAAUAUUCACGAAAAUUUUAAUGAGUUACCCAACCACGGAGGCAGCGACAUCAGCAACAAAUACAACGCAAUUACAAGAAAUUAAAUUAGAAAGAAGAAAUUGAAUUGCUUUUCAAGUAACUUUUGAGAUUAUUUGUUCACUCAACAACGUCACACACAACAAAAAAAAAUCUUAAAAGGAGUCCAAAUUAAUGAAACUCUUAUCGCAAACGACGAAGUCAACAACAUCACAAACUCAGUAGUCAAAAUAUUUAAUUUAAGAGGAAUUUUGUUAUUCAAAAAAAACUAAAUAUUUUUGUUAUUAUUAGAUUUUGUAAGUUUAUAGCUCAAACACAACAGAAAAGGAAAAAAAAAAUAGUGAUACUAGUUUAGUGAGAUUACUAACAAACAAACGCCUUGAGAAGAUGCAAGAAGAUUUUAAAAGUCGCCAAGUCAGAAAAGAAUUAAUAUUGUCGCUUACAAGACGAUUUUUUUAAAAAAAUUUAGAAAAAAAUUUUUUUUUGUAAAAAAAUACUUAGAAUUUUACCAAAAUGGCACACAUCCGAAUAGUUCACUUUAUGAUAAUUGUCAUAGUUGUGUUAACGAUAUUUUUAUAUUCAUUACUGUACACGGCUAGUCCCGAAAUGAAUACAAUUGUCCACGCAGGCACCGCACAUCAUUACGUAAUGUCGAGCAAAGACACGAGAGAUAGCGAUAGAGUUAGUAGUAAGAGUAAUAAUUUACAAAAUGGUGAUAUUUUAGUUAGUACCAAGAACUAUAUUAGUGAUAGUAGUAGGAAAAUUGUGGUAGGGGAAGGAGACUCAUCAAAUGUGGUGCCAUCAUCAGAAAUUAACAAUCGCAUCGAGGAUGAUGCGGCGUCACGAGAUGGCGUUGGAACGGUGCAGAUACGAUCAGAUAACGUUGUAGUGAUCGGCAAUCAACAGACACCAAAAACAAAUGUUUCCGUGUCGUCUCCAGCAUCGACGUCGUUCGUUAACGCGAGCAUUAGUAGUAGUAAUAAUAGUAAUAGUCAACAAGCAGCGUCAGUCUUACCAACAUUAGAGGCCAAAAGUACUGCCAAAAUAUCAGAUAAAAGUAGUGUUAAAAGUAAUUCAAGUCAGAAUGCGUCAACGACGACGACGACUGUAGCGAACGCAGCAGUGCACAAUGUGACGGCGAAAGAUCCGAAGAGCAAACAAAGCAAUGACGCUGCAAAGGUUGUGCGCACAAGUGACAUCUACCGCCCCGGAUUCACGGAAGCCAGUGCCGAUUUGUGCAAAAAUAGCGGCGAGCAGCUGCGACUUUUGAUCCUCAUCAUGUCGGCGCCCACGCAUCACGAGCAACGCCUUGCCAUCCGUCAAAGUUGGGGACAUUACGGCACCCGACGUGACGUCGCCAUCGGUUUUAUUCUCGGCCAGACUGAAAAUCAGGCGCACGAAGAUGUGCUCGCCGCCGAGCAAUACAUGUACAACGACUUGGUGCGCGGCCACUUUGUCGACAGUUACAACAAUUUGACGCUCAAGACAAUUUCGUCGCUCGAAUGGGUCGACACGUAUUGCCCGAAUGUCUCGUUCUUCCUCAAAACGGACGACGACAUGUUCAUCAAUGUUCCUCGCCUGCUGCAAUUCAUCGAGAAGCAUCACAAAGACAAACGGACCAUUUAUGGGCGUCUCGCGAAAAAAUGGAAACCGAUUCGCAACAAAAAAUCCAAAUAUUACGUGUCGCCGCAGCAGUAUUUCCCGACAAUUUUUCCGCCUUUCACCACGGGACCCGCGUAUCUCAUUACGAGCGACGCUAUCGGCGACUUGUACCGCAAAUCGCUGAAUCAGACGUACUUGAAGCUCGAGGAUGUCUACACGACGGGCAUCGUGGCGGAACUUCUCGGCAUCAAGCGCCUGCAUGUCACGGAAUUCAUCAAUCGACGCAUUGCUUUUAAUCAGUGCAACAUCAAGAAAGCAAUUAGUCUGCACAUGAUUAAGCCGACGGAACAGUUCGAUUUGUGGAAAAAACUACUAGAUAAUAGUGUACAGUGCAAGUGAUAGGCCAAAAAAAAAACUAAUUGAAACUGAAAUUAUAAAUUUAUAUCGUUUGAUUUAGCGGAUUUACUUAUAAAAUUAUUUAUAGAAAAUAUUUUAGAAAAAAAAUAUCAUAGGUGACAUUUAAAACAAUUUGAAUAAAACACACAUUUUACGUUUUA